AUGAUUAAGCAAAAUAUGAAAGGAGAGUUCUGCAAUAGUGAUUGCUGCUCAUGGAAUGGGGUCACUUGUGAUCAGUCAACAGGUCAUGUGAUCGGUCUUGACGUUAUUUCUAGUCAGCUGAUUGCAAAAUCCAUGUCAACAGUAGCAUCUUCCUUCUUCAUCAUCUCCGUAGCCUCAAUCUUGCUUGUAAUGAUUUCAUGUUUUCUGAAAUCACAUCAAUUCGCAAAAUUGAUACAUCUUAAUCUUUCUUCAUCUAAUUUCUCUGGAUUAGUUCCAAGUGAAAUAUCUCACCUCUCCAAGCUGGGUUCACGUGAUCUCUCUGACAAUAAUGUUGGUCAUGGACUAGAAAUUGGCCAACAUUGUUUUAAUAAGAUCUUGCAAAACCUCACAGAAGUAAGAUAUCUUCUUCUUGACAAUGUGAACAUGUCUCCUGUUGUGCCUAGUUCCUUGGUGAAUUUUUCUUCUUUUUUGAUAUCUCUGAGUCUUAGUAAUACUCAGCUGCGACACGAGUUCCUGAAUGGUGUUUUCCGCCUUCCAUUUCUUCAGUACCUAAGUUUGUCUAGAAACGGAGGUCUCAUAGGCAAUUUACUAGAGUCUAACUGGAGUAGUCCCUUGAGAUUGUUAGAUCUAUCUUCCACAAAAUUUUCAGGAAUAUUACCUGAAAAAAUCGAAAAUCUUAUACACUUGAAUAUGUUAGAUCUUUCUUAUUGCAAGUUCACGGAUUCAAAUCCAGGAUCACUUUGGAACCUCACAAGUAUCACCAUUUUGGAUUUGACAUUCAACAAUUUUACUGGCCAAGUCCCUACAUUGCUAUCUAACCUCAGGAAGCCCACUCGUCUAUCAUUUGUACACAACAGUUUUUUCGGACAAUUUCUAGAUGUUUUGGGCAACCUUAGCAAAGUGAUUGAAAUAUAUCUCUUUGAUAACAAUUUUAGUGGUCAACUGCCAUUAUCAGCAUUCAAUCUCACUCAGAUUGGCAAAGCGUCUAAAUUUCUUGAUCUUCAUUCCAACUUGCUUCAAGGACCCCUUUUGCUUCUACCACUUUCUAGGAAAUGCUUCUCAGUUUCAAACAAUAAAUUGACAGGAGAGACCCCUUCAUGGACUUGUGGUUCGGGCACUAUUGAGUAUCUGAACUUGAGUAGAAGGAGUCUACAAUGUCUUGGAAACCAUGACAAGAUCUUCCUACUGGAUCUUACGAUGAAUAGAGCUUUGACAACUCUCAACUUAAAUUCCAAUCCGUUGGAGGGAACAUUGCCACAAUCUUUGGCUAAAUGUAGCAGCUUGGAAGUUCCAGAUGUCGGAAAUAACAAGAUUAAUGAUAAAUUUCCUCACUGGUUAGCUACUCUUCCAAAACUGCAAGUUCUUUUGUUGAGAUCGAAUAGUUUUCAGAGUCCCAUUCGCAAUUUGAAUACAAGAUGUCCAUUCCCAAUGUUAUGA